AUGCAAUGUGAUUCUGGAAAAGUGCUAAGGGAUGGAUAUUUAGUACCGGAUCUGCCUGUGGGGGAGCUUGUCCCUGGUGAUAUUGUAGAAUUGUGUAUUGGAGAUAAAGUACCAAUGGAUAUGAGAGUCACGAUUUUAAAAGCUUCAACCUUAAGAGUCGAGCAGAGCUCACUGACAAGGGAAACAAUGCAUGUGAUGAAUGGCACCAAUGUUAUUUUUAUGGAUUAUUGUGAAUUGCAGGCCAAAGAAAAUAUGGUUUUUGCUGGAACAACAGUUGUGAACUAUAGCUGUGUUUGCAUUGUUGUGAAAAUUGGGAUAUGCACUAAAAUAGGCAAGAUACAAACUCAAAUACAUGAGGCCUCACUGCAAGAGAGUGACACCCCUUUAAAGAAAAAACUUGACGACUUUAGUAAUAAGCUUACAACUGCAAUUGGCCUUGUUUGCCUCACCAUAUGGAUUAUCAACUACAAAUAUUUUCUAACAUGGGAGCUUGUAAAUAGAUGGCCUACAAAUUUCCAGUUCUCUUUUGAAAGAUGCACGUAUUAUUUCAAGAUAGCAGUUGCCAUUGCAAUACCAGAAGGCCUUCUGACUGUAAUAAGGACUUGA